AUGAAAUAUCCACAAAAUUUAUAUAAUAAAAUAUUAAACGCUGUAAAUUUAAUGGAUAAACGUAUCUCAAUUGAGCAUCGUAAUGCUGUAACAUGCGCUGUUGAGCAUCUACAAGCAAGCGGUGUGAUAAGCAUUCCAACCGAUACCGUUUACGGUUUAGCAUGUAAUGCGUUAAAUCAAAAAGCGAUUCAUAAGUUGUACGAUAUUAAAGGACGUUCCGAGCAUAAACCAUUAGCGAUUUGUUUGGGUCGAGUGAGUGACUUAAAUCGAUGGGCUAAAAUCAAUCACUUACCAACGAAUUUAUUAAAUUCCUUGUUACCCGGUCCUGUAACCUUAGUUCUAGAAUGCACUUCCGUAUUAGAUAAAUCAUUAAAACCGGAUAGCGGGAAAGUUGGAAUUCGUAUUCCAGAUAAUCAGUUUGUACAAAAUGUAUUAAGUUUAGUAAAUUAUCCGUUAGCGUUAACUAGCGCUAAUGCAAGUGGUGAACCAAGUUCGUUAAAUGUUGAAGAGUUUGAAUCGUUAUGGCCAUAUUUAAAUGGGAUCUUUGAUGCGGGUCCAUUGGGGUUUGAUGAUUCACAAAGGGCUGCAUCCACGGUUAUUGAUUUAGCAUCGAUGGGGUCCUUUAAAAUAUUACGUCAUGGCAUCUCAAGUCACAAAAUUAUACAAAUUUUAAAUGCGCAUGGUCUUCAUGAGGCCAUCAAUAGUUGCGAAAUUUCGAAAUCCGUGUAAGUGCAGUUUUA